AAAACAUCCUCAAAAAUAGUUUUUUAAUUAGGCAAAUUUUUUAAUUUAAUUAAAAAAAUUCAAAUUCCAAAUAAAAUGCUCAUCACACAUAUUUUAUUCGAUUUUGAUGGUACAUUGGUCAAUACUAUUGAUUCACUUGUCAAUAUUGUUGAACAAAUUGUAACCGAAAAAAAUCGAUUAAUGACCGAUGAAAUAAGAGAUUUCAUUCCAAAUAUGACCAGUUAUCGUUCGUUAAUGGAAUUUAUAAAUGAAAAAUUAAAUCUUCAAAUAACAUAUGAUGAAUUUAAACAAGAUUUAUUACAAAAACAUCUUGAUGCUGAUAUAAAAUUAAUGCCCGGUGUUGAAGAAUUAGUUGAACAUUUUUAUCUUUGUAAUAUUCCAAUGGCUGUUGCUACAGGAAAUUCAAGACCAUUUUACGAAAGCAUUUCGGCAAAAUUUGGUAAUUUUUUCCCAAAAUAUUUUCAACAUUUUGUCUGUGCUUUUGAUGAUCCAGAAGUAGCUAGACAAAAACCAUGUCCAGAUGUUUAUCAUAUAGCAGUGAAAAGAUUUCAACAACAACCAGAUAGUAUGGAAAAUGUAUUGAUAUUUGAAGAUUCAAUGACUGGUUUAAAAGGUGCAAUCGAAUCAGGUGCUCGUACGGUAUUUGUUACCAGAAAUUAUAGCCAAAUUCAAACCGAUGAACAUAAAGAAUUGGUUAGAAAAGCUGAUUUACAAUUAGAAAGUUUAGAACAAUUUGAUUCAAAAAAAUUCAAUAUUCAACCAUUAACAAUGUUACGAAUGAUAAAUCAAGCAAAAAAAAUUUUCUAAUACGUCCUAUCCGAAUAGAAUUAGUUUUUUAGUUAAAUGAUGAUGAUGUUUUUUUUCUUAUCAAGAAUUUU